AUGGUCAAAUUUACCAUAUCGAACGCCGCCCUAUUGGCCCUCCUUGUGGCUCCUGCUGAAGCCUUUACUUCGCCUUCCUUUGUGAAUCCGCACCGUGCACUUCCAGCUACAUACAAUCCCAAUGCCAAGUUGAUGCAAUCCCAAUCUACGACCUCGUUUAACGCACGACCCACUACGGCACUUCAAAUGAAUCUGUUUGAUCGAUUUGCUCGUGUCGCCAAGUCCAACGCUGACGCUCUCUUGAAGAAGGUGGAGGACCCUGAAAAGAUCAUGACCCAAGCUUUAGAGGAUAUGCAGAACGACUUGGUCAAAAUUCGACAAUCUUACGCCGAAGUCACCGCCACCCAACGCCGCCUCAUGAAGCAAAAGGAACAAUGUGAAUCUAUGGCCCAAGACUGGUACCAACGAGCUCAAUUGGCUCUCCAAAAGGGUAACGAGGAACUCGCCAAGGAAGCUCUUACUCGUCGUCAGCUUCAAACUGACGAAGCCAAGGUCAUUGAAAAUCAGAUUGAAUCCCAAGCCGCAGCUAUCGAUAAAUUGUACGAAGGAAUGCAAAUGCUCGAAAAGAAGAUUCUAGAAAGCAAAUCCAAAAAGGACCAAAUGUCUGCGCGAGCUCGCGUCGCCAAGUCUACUCAACAAGUCAACGACAUGUUGGGCGGAAUCACUGGCAAGACUUCGAUGGAUGCCUUUACACGCAUGGAAGAAAAGGUGGAAGCCUUGGAGGCUGCUGCGGAAGUUUCUGCUGAAAUGGGAUCCUUGGGUAGAAAUAUGCUUCCAGGAUCCGAGGGUGCAUCUAUUGAAUCUCAAUUCAAGGCCUUGGAGGCUUCCAGUGAAGUGGAUGACGAAUUAAAGAAAUUGAAGGGGUUGUUGGGUGGAUCAUCAGAGCCAUCAUCUACUAGUAGCAGCAGCACUAGCAGUGCAUCUUCGGCUGUAUCAGAUCCCAAGGUGGAUGACGAAUUGGAGAAGAUGAAGAAGGAUGCCGGACUGUGA